AUGUUCCUAUCAAAGAUACCGCUUAUGAGAUAUCCGAAAUUGUUACAAUAUGCCAAAAAUAAUUUAUUCAGUCAUCCUUUACGUACACAAAAACAACCAUCACAAUUUAAAUUUUGUUUAAUCGGAACCAUAUCGGUCAAUUUAAACUUUGCAUAUUUUCAUUUAAAAUUAUUCUUUAGACGCGCUAAACUUGAUACGGGAUGCGAUGAAGCAUUUGGAUGCUCAAAUAAAAGUGAUUUGCUUGAAUUUCUUGGUCUUGUAGAAGCGGUAAUUUGUGAAGCUUCAGAUGCCACUGCUUGCAAUGGUCUACUGUUCAUAUAUAUUUCAUUGCUAUAA